AUGUCAUUCUCAGCACUGCGAUCGUUCCGGCAGCUCGCCACAGCAUGCCCCCGACGACAUGUUCGGACGCUUGCGACAGCCUCUUCGCAUGUCGCGCUGAGUCCGUUGGAACCAUAUAACCCCCUCGAUUACGGCUCCCGACUGCAAUCCCUCGACCGCGUACGAAAGUUGAACCAACGACCCUUGACCCUCUCCGAAAAGCUCCUUUACAGCCACUUGAUUCACGAUGCCGACAACUGGGCGCUCGACGAAAUCGAACGGGGCAAAACUAUCCUACGCAUACGGCCGGAUCGCGUCGCUUGUCAUGAUGCCACCGCCACGAUGGCUCUGCUCCAAUUCAUCAGCGCUGGCCUGCCCCGCGUUCAAGUACCAACCUCCGUACACAGCGACCAUCUUAUCGUGGCCGAGUACGGUGCAAAUGAGGAUCUUAACAGAGCCUCUAGCGACCAUCGCGAAGUGUACGCGUUCCUUGGUAGCGCGGCGAAGAAAUACGGCAUCGGAUACUGGAAAGCUGGCGCAGGGAUUAUUCACACAACCAUUUUCGAGAACUACGCGUUCCCGGGUGGUUUGAUGAUUGGAACAGACUCCCACACCCCCAAUGCUGGUGGAAUGGGCAUGAUGGGCAUUGGCGUCGGUGGUUCUGAUGCCGUCGACGCCAUGGCCGGUAUGCCCUGGGAGCUGGUCUGUCCCAAAGUUGUGGGCGUUCGCCUCACCGGACAGCUCUCUGGUUGGAGCUCGUCCAAGGACAUCAUCUGCAAACUGGCCGGUAUUCUGUCUGUGUCGGGGGGCAAGGGAAAAGUCAUUGAGUUCUUCGGCCCUGGCACAAAAUCUCUAGGCGCCACCGCAAUGGCCACGGUCUGUAACAUGUCCGCUGAGAUCGGAUCGACGUCGUGCAUUUUCCCGUAUUCGGAGGCCAUGGGUCGAUACCUUUCGGCGACGAAGCGGGCAGACAUCGCACAGCAUGCCAACAAAUUCAAGGAUGUGUUGCUUGUUUCAGACCCAGGUAGUGAGUCGUUCUACGACGAUAUUAUCGAGAUCGACCUGUCUACGCUGGAGCCGCACAUCAACGGACCCUUUACACCCGACUUGAGCCACCCUUUGUCGCAGUUCAAGCAGCAUGUCGAAGAGAGCUCCUGGCCAUCCAAGAUCAGUUACAGCAUGGUUGGCAGUUGCACCAACAGCUCGUAUGAGGACCUUUUGAAGGUUUCCAACCUCGUGACGCAGGCCAGAGAGUCAGGCAUGCACCGUGCCAAGACACCAUUCAUGGUCAGCCCCGGCAGUGAGCAGAUCCGCGCUACAGCAGAGGAGGCGGGCAUUCUGUCUACGCUCAGAGAGGCCGGAGCCGUUGUGCUAAGCAACUCAUGCGGCCCAUGCGUGGGGCAGUGGGAUCGCAAAGAUGUCGACAUCAAGGGAGCAGAGAGCAACAGUGUGAUUUCUAGCUUCAAUAGAAAUUUCACGGGACGUCAUGACGGAAACCCCUCCACGCACUCAUUCGUCACAUCGCCUGAAAUCGCCACGGCGUUUGCCUUUGCUGGUGAUCUUACAUUCAACCCGACUACGGACCCGAUUACUUUCGUCGAUGACUCUGGUUCGACAGCGGAAUUUCACUUUGCGCCCCCGACCGCCGAUGAGCUGCCUGAUUCCUUCUUCCCAGGGAACGAUUUAUAUCAAGCACCUGUUCUCGCCGACACAUCCGAAUACAAGGUCGACAUUGACAAGAACAGUGAUCGGCUACAGCUUCUAGAGCCCUUCAAGCCAUGGCAAGAGGGCAAUGCCAACGACAUGGAAAUUCUAGUGAAGGUCCAGGGAAAAUGCACCACUGACCACAUCUCUCCCGCGGGCCCAUGGUACAACUACCGAGGCCAUCUUGAGAACAUUAGCCACAACAUGCUCCUUGGAGCCACCAACGGCUUCCUCCCCAAUGCCACCUCCCUCCAGAUGGUUGGCCGAGCAGAAAACCCACUCACACAUGAUAUCGAGCCGAUCCACGAAGUUGCUAGGAGCUUGCAAAGCUCUGGUAUCCGGUGGUGCAUCAUCGGCGACCAUAACUAUGGCGAGGGCAGCUCUCGUGAGCAUGCGGCCCUGGAGCCUCGGUACCUGGGUGGAGUGGCCGUCAUUGCAAGAGGCUUCGCUCGUAUUCACGAGACGAACCUGAAGAAGCAGGGUAUGCUUCCGUUGACGUUUGCCGAUCCUGCAGACUACGAUCGAACCGAGAAAGGGGAUCACAUCACGCUGCGGGAUGUAGACGGAGAUGGUCUCCAGCCCGGAAAGCAGGUGACCAUGGAAGUACGGACAAAGGACGGGGAGGUAUGGGUAGCACAAUUAAAUCACACGUACCACGCGCAUCAGAUCCAAUGGUUACGUGCGGGCAGUGCGCUCAACCAUAUUAAGAAGACGUUGCUUGGAUGA